AUGUCCAACAACCACCACCUCCUGAUGAUUACUGGCAACCAUUCUAUGUUUCGUGCUGACAGCGGGCCGGGUAUUGUAAUCCCUACCGUCAAGCGCUCUGAUUUUCCCAAGGAUUUUGUAUUUGGCGCUGCAACGUCGGCUUAUCAGGACGAUGUGGAUUUGAUGAAGAAAUUGGGUUUAGAUUCUUAUAGAUUUUCAAUUGCGUGGACUAGAAUCUUGCCAGGAGGUAGAAUAUGUAAAGGCAUAUGCAAAGAAGGAAUUAAGUACUAUAAUGAUCUUAUAGACAUACUCUUGACAGCAGCAAUGGAGUUAGUGGCGCAUCAAGGUUAA